AUGGCCCAGCGGCACUCGGACAGCUCCUUGGAUGAGAAACUCCUGGAAUAUCGCUUCCAUGCAGAUCUUCGGCUUGAUGCUAAUGGCAGUCCAGUGUCGGGGAUCCCCCUGGUCCGGGGCUCCCUGCGAGUUAGGGAUGGGCCCACCUCCCAGCCCGAGGCCCCAGAGCCCCCAAAAGACACAGAGCCACAGCCCAUCAUCCUGAGCACACAGAGCCCCGCCGCCCUCAAGAUGGGCACGCAGCAGCUGAUCCCUAAGACCCUGGCUGUGUACAGCAAGGCCAAGACACCAGCCCGACACCAGAGCUUCGGAGCGGCCAUGCUCAGCAAAGAGGCUGCCAGGCGGGACCCCCGGCUCCUCCCAAGCUCCAGCUUCUCCCUGGAUGACAUGGAUGUGGACACAGACUGGGGGGGUGCCCUGAGGCGUAACCUACGGAACCAGUCCUACAGGGCAGCCAUGAAGGGCCCAGGGACACCAAGUCGUGAGGUGGUCCCCAUUCAACUUACCCCACGGCUCCAGGCACUGGCCGAGGAGCCUAGCCAGCCACCCACUCGGUGCCCGGCCAAACACAAGAGGACGCUAGGACGGAAACGUGCACACAAAGGCUCCUUCAAGGACGACCCCCGACUCUAUCAGGAGAUCCGAGAGCGGGGCCUGAACACCAGCCACGAGUCGGACGAUGACUUGCUUGAGGACCACGCCAGUCCUGAGGGGCCCCGGAAGGUGGAUACCACCAUCGUAGUCAAGAGCUACCGGCCCGCCCAGGUCACCUGGAGCCAGCUUCCUGAGGUGGUGGAAUCGGGCAUCCUGGACACACUGACUGCUGAGGAGCGGAAGAGACAGGAGGCCAUCUUCGAGAUCCUCACCUCCGAGUUCUCCUACCAGCAUAGCCUGGGCAUCCUGGUGGCUGAGUUCCUGCAGUCCAGCCAGCUGCGUGCCACCAUGACCCAGACCGAGCAUCACCACCUCUUCUCCAACAUCCUGGACGUCCUGGCAGCCAGCCAGAGGUUCUUUGGGGACCUGGAGCGGCGGCACAAGGAGCAGUUGUGCGUGGAGGACAUCAGUGACAUUGUGGAUGAGCAUGCUGAACGGCACUUCCACCCCUACGUGGUCUACUGCUCCAACGAGGUCUACCAGCAGCGCGCGCUGCAGAAGCUGACAAGCAGCAACGCCGCCUUUCUCGAGGCCCUGCGGGAGAUUGAGCGGCAGCCUGCGUGCGGGGGCCUGCCCAUGAUCUCCUUCCUCAUCCUCCCCAUGCAGAGGGUGACCAGACUGCCCCUUUUGAUGGACACACUCUGCCUUAAGACGCAGGGCCACCCUGAGAGAUACCAGGCUGCCAGCCGGGCUCUGAAAGCCAUCAGCAAGCUGGUGAAGUUGUGCAACGAAGGUGCUCACAGGAUGGAGCACAUGGAGCAGCUGUACACACUGCACCAGCAGCUGGACUUCAGCAAGGUCAAGUCCCUGCCAAUCAUCUCCGCCUCCCGCUGGCUGCUGAAACGUGGAGAGCUCUUCCUCGUGGAAGACUCCAGACUCUUCCGAAAGAUUGCCAGCCGGCCGACCUCCUACCUCUUCCUGUUCAAUGAUGUCCUAGUGGUCACCAAGAAGAAGAGCGAGGACAACUUUGUCGUCCAGGACUACACCCAGACGGAACACAUCCAGGUCCAAAAAGCUGAGCCCUCAGAGCCUUCCCUGCCCUACCCAUUCAAACUGACCAUGCUGUACAAUUGUGAGGGCCGCCAGGAGCAGCUCCAGCUCUCUGCAGACUCCGCGAGUGACCGGGCCAGGUGGAUCACAGCGCUCGGAUACAGGGAGAGACAGUGGCAACGCCAAGGCAACAAAGGAGACCUUCUGCAGAUGGAGGUCACCAAGACCUACUUCGCCAAGCAGGCAGAUGAGAUGGCGUUGCAGCAGGCGGACGUGGUCUUGGUCCUGCAGCGGGAAGAUGGCUGGAUAUUCGGUGAGCGGCUGCGGGAUGGGGAGACAGGUUGGUUCCCCGAAGACUUUGCCCAAUCCAUCACCAGCCGCGUGGCUGUGGAGGACAACGUGCGUAGGAUGGAGCGGCUGCGCGUAGAGACAGACGUAUAG